AUGACCUCUCUUAAACAAUUCAUUCGCAAUGUCAGGGCGUCGAAGACUAUCGCCGACGAGCGAUCCGUUGUACAAAAGGAGAGUGCGGCUAUAAGAGCGAGUUUCAGAGAAGAAAGUCAUGACCACAAUGCACGGCGAAACAAUGUAGCGAAACUGCUUUACCUCUUUACCCUAGGCGAACGAACACACUUUGGUCAGAUAGAAUGCCUCAAGCUCCUCGCCUCGUCGCGAUUUGCGGACAAGAGAUUGGGGUAUCUAGGCACGAUGCUCUUACUGGACGAGAAUCAGGAGGUUUUGACGCUCGUCACAAACUCCUUACAACAAGAUCUCAACCAUUCGAAUCAAUAUGUCGUCGGCCUUGCCCUAUGUACUCUUGGCAACAUUGCCUCAGUUGAGAUGUCGAGGGACCUUUUUACCCAAAUCGAGUCUUUAUUGUCCACAGCGAACCCCUACAUACGGCGCAAGGCCGCCCUGUGUGCAAUGCGAAUAUGUCGGAAAGUCCCCGACUUCCGAGAACACUUCACAGAAAAGUGCAAGCUCCUCCUAUCGGACCGAAACCAUGGUGUCCUACUAUGCGGCUUGACCUUCGCUACGAGCAUGUGUGAGGCAGAUGAAGGAGAAGGGGGCGAAGAGGGCAUCAUUGAGGUGUUCAGACCAAUGGUGCCAGGUCUAGUCAGGACGUUGAGAGGUCUGGCAAGCUCAGGCUAUGCACCAGAACACGACGUGAAUGGUAUCACAGACCCCUUCCUUCAAGUCAGGCUCUUAAGACUGUUGCGUGUCCUCGGCCGAGGAGACACUCACAUUAGUGAGCAAAUUAACGACAUCCUGGCACAGGUAGCUACCAAUACGGAAGCUGCCAAGAAUGUCGGCAAUUCGAUCUUGUACGAAUCAGUGCUAACAAUAUUGGACAUUGAGGCAGAUUCUGGGCUUCGGGUGCUUGGAGUAAACAUUCUUGGCAAAUUUUUGACAAACAAGGAUAACAACAUUCGCUACGUAGCUUUGAAUACUUUGAUUAAAGUGGUUGCUGUCGAGCCGAAUGCGGUACAAAGACACAGGAACACAAUACUCGAGUGUCUGCGAGACCCAGAUAUAAGUAUCCGACGACGUGCACUGGAUCUUAGCUUCACCCUCAUCAAUGACAGCAAUGUUCGUGUUCUCAUUCGGGAAUUACUAGCCUUCUUAGAGGUAGCCGACAAUGAGUUUAAGCCAAUUAUGACAAGCCAAAUAGGUGUGGCCGCGGAUCGCUUUGCUCCCAACAAACGCUGGCACGUUGACACAAUGUUGAGGGUGUUGAAAUUGGCGGGCAAUUAUGUUAAGGAACAGAUUCUAUCAUCUUUUGUCCGCCUCAUUGCAACCACGCCCGAGCUCCAGACAUACUCCGCUCAAAAGCUCUAUGCUGCUCUAAAGGACGACAUCACCCAAGAGGGCUUGACAUUGGCUGGCUCCUGGGUAAUAGGAGAGUACGGCGAUGCUCUUCUUCGUGGAGGCCAGUAUGAAGAAGAGGAGCUGGUUCAAGAAGUCAGAGAAAGUGACAUUGUAGAUCUUUUUACUACCAUCCUCGACAGUAGCUAUGCUACCUACUCAGUCACCGAAUAUCUCACUACUUCAGCCAUGAAACUCACAACACGUCUCAAAGACCCCUCACAAAUAGAUCGAAUCCGGCGCCUUCUCUCUAAUCGCACAUCCGACCUGAGCAUUGAGAUCCAGCAGCGAGCUGUGGAAUAUGGAAAUCUCUUCGCGUAUGAUGAUAUUCGAAAAGGUGUACUGGAGCGAAUGCCACCACCUGAAAUCCGCGAAGAACAACGAGUGCUCGGCGAAGCAACGCCAAAGCAAAAGAAGGCUGCCGCCAGGGGUACGAAGAAGCCAAGCAAAGUAUCAGAGCAGGACAUGCUACUCGACCUCAUGGGUGGCUCCGAUGCACCUGCAGCUGACCUCAGCGCUACACUUAAUGGUCAGCAACAGAACGCAGACUUGUUAGCUGAUAUUCUGGGUGGUGGUCCUUCGUUGCCUUCAAAUCCCACGCAAUCGACACAAAGUAACCAAAAUGUUAUGGAUCUUUUCUCUCAUCAAAACGGUACCAACGGCGUUUCAUCACCUCCACCCCAGCAAUCUUCCGGCUCAGCGGACUUGUUUGGUGACUUAUCCUCAACAUCCCCACAGCCAACAGCCCCGGCAGGUGGGCAGCUUCACCAGGCCUACAGCAAGAAUGAUAUCAAUGUCACGAUGCAGGUUCAGCGCAGCUCAGGAUUCGCUCAAGUAACAGCACGAUUUACGAAUAGUAGUAACUUUGACAGAUUUUCUGGCGUUGGGUUGCAAGCUGCUGUACCAAAGAGCCAGAAGUUGCAAUUGAACGCGAUAAAUAAGACAGAUCUAGAAGGAGGCGAGGAAGCAGUCCAGCAGAUGAGAGUGUCUGCUGUAAGUGGAGCUCUACCGCCCAAACUCCGAUUACGGUUGAAAAUCAGCUACACGAAAGAUGGCUCAUCACCACUGACUGACCAAGUUGAUUGGAUGGAACCAACAUAG